GACAAAAAAAGAGACUUGACUGCAUCUUAUUUUGAGAGCACGCGUGAUGUGCGGGACAUCUCAUUGCGAUCAAAAAGCAAAUAUUUUUUUUAAACUAAGUAGAUUAAGUGAAAUUCAACAGCUCUAAUAACGGAAAUACUUUAAUCCUCUGCCACCCUUCGCCUGCUUUCAAUCACGUGACUCAGUGACGCACGCGUGACCUUUGCGUAAACGCGCACCGCAAAGCAAUGGCUCAAAGUAGAACUAAAGAUGAUUAUAGCAAUAAACAACCGAUGCAUGAAAACAAACAGAGUGAGGAGCAGCACGGUAAACCGAAGGAAGAGGACUACGGCUACAGUUUAUAUCCCGAGCGAACCGGCAGCAAGUACAAGCAGGGCUCGAUCGGAGAGAGUCUGUUCACCUUUAAACACAAGUGUCACAUCAUGCUGCAGUUCGCCAUGGACACUAGUCCGUACGCUAAACUUCUGCUGGCGGCCAUGAGAACCUCCGGCUGUGCAGUUCAUAAAGACAGACAUUUCUCGUGUGAGGACUGCGACGGGACCGUCAGCGGCGGGUUCGAUGCCGCCACCUCUCAGAUCGUCUUGUGCCAGAACAACAUCCACCAGCAGGCUCACAUGAACCGCGUCGUCACACAUGAGCUCAUCCACGCCUUCGACCACUGCAGGGCUCGAGUCGACUGGUUCACGGACUUCAGACAUCUGGCCUGUUCAGAGAUCCGUGCCGCCAAUCUGAGCGGAGACUGUUCGUUCGUUAAUGAGGUUUCCAGAUUUAACUUUGGCCUCAAAGAGCACCAUCAGGAGUGUGUGCGGAGCCGAGCGCUGCGCUCCAUCCUCGCCGUACGCAAGGUGAGCAGGGAGGAGGCGGAGCGAGUGGUUGACGAGGUGUUUGACAGCUGCUUCAGUGACCACGCCCCCUUCGGACGCAUCCCACACAGCAAGAAGGACGCCAAGUUCGCCUACAGGGAUUUUGAGAACCGGGACCGCUACUACGCAAACCUCUGAUGCUGCGGCAUUAAAGGCUUUUAUCUUCGUUGAUGCGAAGUCAAUCUGUGCGUUUCUCGUGGAAAGACUGAACUGAAGGAAGAGAGAAUAUCACUCCUCGUAACCUCUCAGAUGAACAUGUUGUGCUGAAGGAAGUGUGUCAUGUAAUUAAAGCACAUACUUGCCUUUUUCAUUACUGUACUAAAGAUUUGACCAGAAAAACGUGGUUGAUGUUGUUCUUCUGUAUCUGAGCAUCAGUUUGAAAGGGAUGGAAUUGUUUAUUGAUGGAUGGAGGUUGUAUAAAGUCAAAUCUGUCUUUGUCUAUCAGCACAGGCUUUUUUAUGAGUUGAGCUCUGGUUUCUCUAAUAUGAGUUAUAUGAUAGUAAUAUGAAAGUUUCAAUUCAAAUAAUUAAAAAUUAAUUCAACAUUA